CAUAUUUGAAUAGAUACGAUAAAUACCCAGUGUUAUGUGUUUGUGAUAUACCAUUAAUACGAGUUUUCAUAUAUGUGAACAGACAUUGCUUUCAUCUUGUCUGGAGAAAUAUGAGAGUCAUUUGAAAAAUAGCAGAUUUCAGUAACCAAAGAUGUCGACACCAGCACUGGUAUUAGAAAAUCAACCAGUGUGCAAUGUAUGCUACAAGAAACCCCAGGAUGCCAUAUCAUUGCCAUGCCAACACCAAUUCUGUCGAGCCUGUAUCAAGAACCACAUUGUAAACUCUGUGGAAGCGCAGAAAUUCCAAGGAUUUGGAUGUCCUGCUUGUCAGGAAUUCGUUUCCAAACCAAUCAUGGCCGGUUCCCGUCCAAAAGAACAAUGGGCUGAAUAUCUUCCAACAGUGACCCUGUCAGAUAAUAAACCAGAUUUAUUGAGUUCAGAAAAAGAUGAGUUGAAAUGUGCUGCAUGUAAAGAAGCUGGUCUUGACAAUGCUGCCACGUUAUGGUGUCAACAAUGUAACGACUCUUACUGCCCCGAUUGUUCAGCAUCACAUAGAAACUUUCCUGCCACUCGAUCCCACAUCCAAGUACCUAUAGCUUAUAUAUCACCUCGUGAUAGAUCAGAAGAAGAUCUUGCAACCUGCUCACAACACAGAGACAGUCGAGUAGAAUUUUAUUGUGCUGCUUGUGACUUGUUAAUCUGUCCAUCCUGUGCUUUCGUGAAUCACAGAAGAUGCGAAAAGGUAUCUACUAUAAAAGGGGCAACGGAUGUAGCAAAAGGCGACUUGUCCACCAAAAUCAAGAGAGUAAGAAAAAAAUCUUCUGAAUGUCAGGCGAUGUUAGUGGAUAGUACUUCUAGAAUAAGGGAAUUGCAGAUCAGCCGACAAAGAACGGAAGAUAAUAUCAAAGGGUUCACUGACCAGUUGAUGGACACCAUAUCUGCUAACAGAGAUAACAUGCUGUCAAAUAUCUCUUACUCAUUCAAUACAGAAGAGACUCGCUUGAACCAGACUAAAACUAAGUUACGAGAACACAUAGUAGAAUUGGAAGGUUGUGAGCAGGGAAUUGAAAACCUGCUAAAUACGAAUUCAGAAACAAAACUAUUGGCUAAUCUUAGUAAAACCCAGAGACAAUAUAAUGCUUCAUUUGAGAAGGAAAUUAGACCAGAAGAACUCGUUCCAUUCCAAAUGGAAUUUGAGCCAAACACUUCGUUACUGGAUGUGCUUGAUUCUUCCCAACUUGGGGAGGCAGUUCUGGAGCGAGAAACACGGGAAAAGCAAGAAACCGCAAGGAGGGAUGAUAAAACCGAGAACAAUUCUGACGAACCGCGAGAUCUGAUGAAACACAUCAAGAGCAAAGCCAAGGAAAAGAAGACUACGAAGCAGAAGGUCAAAUUUAAGAAAUCCAAGCGUUCUAAAAGAAGGGGUUCAGAAGGUAAUCCGGUCUUACCAGUACCCAUUACACCACCUCUCCAAGAACCAAAGGUGGAUAAAAUUAAAGUACUCCAAAAGCACAAGACAGUAUCUACGGAUGUGCUUGGUGACAGUUUGAAAUCAUCUCCAUCCAGCAUUAUUGUACUGUUUGUAAAUGGCGUCAUGACAACAGUAGUGGCUGACCACAACAACUACAGUCUGAAGUCCUUCUACGUAAAUAUGGGCCUAGAUCGACAAUCUAAGAUGUCCAUGGACUCAAAACCUUGCCACGUAGCUAAAUUGGCAGCACACACCGUUGUAGUAACAAUGACACGUUUAAAAAGAAUAGCUGUGAUUAAAGUCAGUCCGGGUUUGAGCUUGAUAGAUAGGAUUCGUACUAGUAAAUAUUAUAACUGUAUAGCGGCAUUAGCUGAGGACCGAUUAGCUGUUGGGACUACUCUAGAAUCCAAUUUAUCUAUCGACAUAAUAGAUCUACAAGGAGAAAUUCUCCAUUCUAUAUGCUCGGACCCAGAUGAUAAACUUUUAUUUUCGGAGCCGAAAUUUAUGAUUCUAUCGCCAUCUGGAAAUCUGCUGGUAUCGGAUCGUGAUAUUCCCUAUAUAUCAUGCUUCACACAAGCAGGGAAACUGGUAUUUAAAACGGGACCGAAACAGACGUCAGAUUUGGAAGGGACGUCUGGUUUAUUCUGUAGCGAAGAUGAUCAGAUUUAUAUAUCGGACAAAACCAAUAACCGCAUCCUUCUCAUGCAAGAUAAUGGUGAGACAAUCACCACUUUCUUAACUGCUGAACAAGGCGUUGAACAACCACAAGGACUUUUCAUAGAUGACUUGGACCAAGUCUACAUCUGUCAGGCCAACAGCAAAAUUAGUAUUUUUAAAGAAGUUGAAAUUAUUGCUCCAAAAUGAUGACAGGGACACGUAGGCUAAUGUAACACGUACUUUGCUUUGAUAAUGAAUGUUUUAUGUUUUCCAACUAAAAAGUGUGUGUAAUGAUCUAAUAAAUGUAGUUAUAUUCUA